AUGGAAGAGACAAAUAAAAAGAGCAUCUACGACGUUCUUCUGCUGACUCUCUGCAUUUCUGCCCUCUCUUUCGUGGUUCUGUACAUAUACAUGAAGAAAGCAGUGAGCCCGUCAAAGAAGAACUUUGGAAAGGUCGUGGGGAAAUCCCCGAAGAAAAGGUCCAAAAGAAACGCUGACGUAAUGAGCAGCAACAACUCUUCCGUGAGCAUAGAGGUCAGCACAGCCGAAAUGGACUGA